AGGGCGUAACUCAGAUGUGGAAUAUACUUCCUCUUCGCUUGGAGACUUACCGUUUUCGAGGUCAACCACUAGAAGACAGAAUCUGCACCUGUUGUAACUUACACGAAAUGGAAAAUUAAUUAUCCUUUUCUUUUAAAAUAUCAAUUUUAAAUGUUAAAAUGAUUUUACGCAACAUUAUUUUAGAUACCAAUUUAGGCUCUGUAAAUUUAAUGAAAAACACUGCAUUGUAAUUUUUCCCGACAAUGUACCUAAUUCAUAUUCAUAGCUAUUAGACUAAAACAAGCCAAAAUUUCACGCUGGGCGUAGUAUACCUAUAUCUCUCUUAAUUUUCUUACAUACUCCCAAAACAGAGGGGGCAACUUCGCGAUACUUCAAAUUUUUUUUUUAAUUUAAAAAAUAAUAAUUGCUGCGAGAAAAAGUAGGGACUGGCCCCUCUCUGAUGCUACGUGCCUGAUAGUUAUGUCUAACUUUGCAAAAAAGCGCGGGAGGGGUUGCCCCCUACCUACCAGACGUAUUCAUCCGCACAAGAAAGGAAAGUAGAAAAAUAAUGCAGAUUAUGUUGAUUUCCCUCUUGCAUAUUUUGGCGUUGGUUCUGAAUUUAAUGAUAUAUCCCUAUGCAGAUGGAAAUUCGCUGAAUUCACCACUUCUAAAUCAAGUAGUAAAAUGUCCAAUGAACGAGACAUCUUGGAGGCAGAGAUCCAGGGAAGUGUGCAACAAUACUCAAGAUACCUUUUAUCACUGUCUCCCUACAAACUCUCUGAAUGCAUAUGUUGAAUAUUGUCUCAGAGUACAAACAAUUCUACAAGAUUAUUGUGCCAUCUACAACAUAUAUUCAGAGACACCCUCAUUUGGCAAUGACAGUUAUUGCAAAGGAAAGAAAAAUUUUAGCUGUCCGACAGGCCCUUACUCUUCAAAAGAAAUUCAUAAAUAUCCAUCAUGUCUGAAGAUAAAUCCUAUCAAGAAGUGUUAUCUUGACGAUCCUACCUGUCCGAAUGUCGUUAGCAACAGCGAUGGUUUCACAAAUACAUGGCAACUGCCCCUUCUGGUGUUCUUGUGGAACGCUGUUGGUAGUUAGAACCAAACAUCUAGAAUCCUCAUUAAUAAGUAAAGGUUUCCUUCAACACUUUCUCACAGUUUGUAAUCCGGGCUUUUUGGCGCUGCAACCAUGGAUAAUAUAAACAUUUUAGCACCCAGUAUUAAUUCUUUGACAAAGCAACUAAAACCAUUGUAUGCCCAUUCAUUUAUCUAAGUAAUAUAUCAUUUAACAACCGACCAUUCCUAUUCUAUUUUUAAAACGCAGCUUAUUGAUUUUUAAUUCUUUAAAAAAAAAAUUGCCAUUGACGAAUAUUGUCAUUUAUUAGUGAAAAUCAUAGAAACUAACUAUAAAUAAACACAUCACUAUUAGGGAGAUCCCAGACAAACACAAUAAGAGUUAUUAAACCAAUAGUAUGAUACAUACUAUAUAGAAAAAAAACAAUAGCAAGGUGAUCUCCCCUUGGUCUAAACGUAAAAAUGUAAAUUUCUAAUGU